AAAAAAGAAGUUAAAUUCAACUCACAGCAGAGGAGGGAGGGAGCGAGGGGGGAGAAAACGCCCUGGAAACUUGGUUGAUCAAGAAAUAGGAAAGGAGUGACAUAGUCCUAACAGACUGCAACGCUGUGACUGGAAGAAGUGCUUUUCUUGGGCUGGGGAGAAGGGGAGAGGACAUGUUUUCAAGGAUGCUCAAGCUGGUGUGAGGCUUCUUGGGCGCAAAGACUGCGCACAGAAGUCAAGAAAGAAGAACCACAGCAUCAGACUGAAGCCCUUGGCAUUGCUUGAGCAAUCCAAGGAAAACCAAGGAAGAUUUUCUAUCACACCAGGGGUUAAAUAGAGGAAAACAUAAACAAGAUGGCUGAAGAGGAAGAAACCAGGGAGGUACUCUUUCCAGACUGGGAGGGUCCAGACAAAACUGGCUUGACCAUUGAACAGACAAGUGGAGGAGAGAUAUUUGUUAAGGAGGUGAAAGGAGAGUCACCUGCAGCACGAUCAGGAAAAGUAUAUGAAGGUGACCAGAUUGUGGGUGCCACUAUUUACUUUGAUAACAUGAGCUCAGAAGAAACAGCUGAGCUACUGAAGACACUGAACCGCCACAAGGUUGGACUGAAACUACAAAACAAAGACAAAUCCCCUUACUGCUCGCCCUUGAGCACACCGUGUCGUUCACCAAUGGGCACACUGACAUGGGAAGGGAAGACCCGGUUUGGAGGUUCCAGUCCAGACAUCAUCCUUAGUGGGGAUGAUGAGGACUAUAAGAGAAUAUACACAAAAAAGAUCAAACCAAGGCUGAAGUCUGAAGACCUUGCAGAGGGAGUAGAUGUUCGCACAGAACGGCACAGCAGCACAAGCAGUGAUGGCAGUACAAUUACUACCAUCACCCGCCGCAUCACUACCUACACUGUGGAUGUGCCAGGUGGCAUAAGUGAACAACUUGAACUUUCAAGCCCAGAGGUCAAGGGGCUAAGGCACGAAUCUGGAGAUGGCUCUCCUCGUAUCAGAAUCUCACAUGGCAGCCCUUCAGGUAAAGAGGGAGCAGAAGAGGGAGUUUUUGACUCAAGCAAUGUCUCUUACACUGGGCCACACAUUAGCUCCACAGAGACACGCUGGGGCAGUGGGGGAGUUAAGACCACAACAAUUACAAGAGAGGCAGAAAAAGAAAGAGGUACAGGUCUAAGAUUUAAAGGGCCAAACUUUGGAAUUACAGGUAGUGGCCAGGGAGGGUUUGAUAUCUCAAGAGGGAGUGGAGAGCAAGGGGAUGGAAUCAUUCAGGUGUCAGAAACAAGCAUGACACUGAGAGAUAGCACAAACACUGGGAGUAGGCAUGUUACAAUAGGAGGGUUGGGAGGAGCAGAGGUAAAGUCGACCGGUGAGAAUGGAGGGUCAAUUAGUCUGUCUUUACCAGGAAAAGGCAUGAUGUAUACUACAUCCAUGGAUAAAACACAGGAAGGAAGUGUUGACACCAGUUUAAGUGAGAGAACAAAGGUGAAGGUAUCUGAAAUUACCAUCAGUCACCCGCAGACAAAGGGAUCAGGCAGUAUUGAUAUUCCGAAUGUCAGACAUGGUGGAGGUUCCAUAGAUGCUGAUAUUGAAUUGAGAGGUGGCCGGAUAGGAGGAUCAGCAGUAACAUUAGGCAAUGUUACCUCAGGAUAUUCCUCAGGGCCAGGCAAGAUUUCAGUGGCAGGUGUGGAUGUUAACCUCACAAGUUCAAAGUUGAAAGGUGAAGUUGAUGUCAACCUGCCAAGCACAAAGGGAGGAAUAAAAGCAUCUGGAAUAGACACAGAAAUUCCUGGCUAUGAAACUGAGGGCACUGUGAGCGGCAUAAAAAUGUCAACAAUCAAGAUGCCUGGAUUUGGAAUGAAAGGAAUCAAGAAAGAGGGAACUAGUCUUGAGGUUAAACUCAGUGGUGAUGCAGAUAUGUCAGUACCUGUCAAACAUGAAGAGGUGCGAACAUCAGAACUAGACAUGAAAGGGACAGAUAUGCAAAUCAAAGGUUCUAGUGCUAAUAUUCAAGGGCCAGUUGUGCAUGUAAAACUUCCAGAGGCUGACGGUGACUUCACAGCACCUGAAAUAAACUCUAGCAUUCAACUACCAAAGAGUGAUAGCAAAUACAAAAUGGAGGUGUCUAGGGUUCAAGGGUUAUUUGACAUUAAAGCACCACAAGCUGUUGGUGAAAGCAGUUAUGUAAAAACAAAACGAACCAAAGCUGACAUUGAUGCUAAAGCAUUUAAAGUUGACAUUAAAGCACCAGAGGUUGAUGGUGGGGGAACUACUGUUAAAUCAGGAGGACUAGAAUUCGAGAUGUCAUCCAAAGAAGGACCGACAAUGCCAGACUGGGACAUCAACCUGAAAGGAUCCGAGCUAAAGGGAGAUGUGUCAGUUCCAAACAUUGAGGGACAAACAACAAAACCAGUUCAAAUCAAAGGACCAGAGGUUGAUACUGAAAUACAUAAAGGUGGAUCUGAGGUGCCUAAAAUCAAAAUUCCAUCGUUUGGCUUUACAGGACCUAAGGCAGAGGCUCCAGACUUUGAUAUAAAACUUACCAAACCCAAAAUUGAUGUCAAAGCCAAUGUAGGUGACAUUAAAGGAUCCAAAGUUAAUGUUGAAAGCCCGGAUGUAGACAUAAAAGCCCCAAAAGGGAAAGAUAUUGAAAUGCCUAAAAUCAAAAUGCCAUCCUUUAGCAUUAAAGGUCCGAAAGUGGAGGGUACAGAUGUUGAUGUAAACCUUCCCAAAGCGAACAUUGAUGUGAAAGCACCUGAGGUUGACAUUAAAGCUCCAGAGAUUGACAUUGAGGGCCCUGAUGCAAAAAUCAAGGGUCCUAAAGUCAAGAUGCCAACAAUAAAAGGACCCAAGAUGCCAGAUUUUGACAUCAAAGUAAAAGGUCCUAAAGUUGAGGGAGAUGUGGAUGUUUCACUUCCAAAGAUUGAAGGAGAUAUAAAAGCUCCUGAAAUUGAUAUUGAAGGACCAGAUGUCGAAAUUGAAGGCCAUAAGGGUGGAUUCAAAAUGCCUAAAUUUAAAAUUCCAUCCUUUGGAAUAAAAGGUCCAAAAGUAGAAGGCCCAGAUGUCGAUGUAACACUUCCCAAAGCCAACAUUGAUGUGAAAGUGCCUGAGGUUGACAUUAAAGCUCCAGAGAUUGAUAUUGAAGGACCGAGUGCAAAACUCAAAGGACCCAAACUCAACAUGCCAACCAUUUCAGGACCAAAAAUCUCUAUGCCAGAUGUGGAUUUCAAUCUGAAAGGUCCCAAAGUCAAGGGUGAUGUGGAUGUGUCAGCUCCAAAGAUAGAGGGAGAAAUAAAAACACCUGAAGUUGACAUCAAAGGUCCAGAAAUUGAUAUAGAAGGGCCUAAGGGUGGAUUUGAAAUGCCUAAAAUCAAAAUGCCAUCAUUUGGCUUUAAAGGUCCAAAAGUGGAGGGUCCAGAUGUUGAUGUAAACCUUCCCAAAGCGAACAUUGAUGUGAAAGCACCUGAGGUUGACAUUAAAGCUCCAGAGAUUGACAUUGAAGGCCCUGAUGCGAAAAUCAAGGGACCCAAAGUCAAGAUGCCAACAAUAAAAGGACCCAAGAUGCCGGAUUUUGACAUCAAAGUAAAAUGUCCUAAAGUUGAGGGAGAUGUGGAUGUUUCACUUCCAAAGAUUGAAGGAGAAAUAAAAGCCCCUGAAAUUGAUAUUGAAGGACCAGAUGUCGAAAUUGAAGGCCAUAAGGGUGGAUUCAAAAUGCCUAAAUUUAAAAUUCCAUCCUUUGGAAUGAAAGGUCCAAAAGUAGAAGGCCCAGAUGUCGAUGUAACACUUCCCAAAGCCAACAUUGACGUGAAAGCACCUGAUGUUGACAUCAAAUCACCAGAGCUUGAUAUUGAAGGACCGAGUGCAAAACUCAAAGGACCCAAAUUCAACAUGCCAACAAUUUCAGGACCAAAACUCUCCAUGCCAGAUGUGGAUUUCAAUCUGAAAGGUCCCAAACUCAAAGGUGAAGUGGAUGUGUCCGCUCCAAAGAUAGAAGGAGAAAUAAAAACACCUGAAGUUGACAUCAAAGGUCCAGAGCUUGACAUUGAAGGGCCUAAGGGUGGAUUUGAAAUGCCGAAAAUCAAAAUGCCAUCAUUUGGCUUUAAAGGUCCAAAAGUGGAGGGUCCAGAUGUUGAUGUAAACCUUCCCAAAGCCAACAUUGAUGUGAAAGCACCUGAGGUUGACAUUAAAGCUCCAGAGAUUGACAUUGAGGGCCCUGAUGCAAAAAUCAAGGGACCCAAAGUCAAGAUGCCAACACUAAAGGGACCCAAGAUGCCAGAUUUUGACAUCCAGCUAAAAGGUCCUAAAAUUGAGGGAGAUGUGGAUGUUUCACUUCCAAAGAUUGAAGGAGAAAUAAAAGCUCCUGAGGUUGAUAUUGAAGGACCAGAUGUCGACAUUGAAGGCCAUAAAGGUGGAUUCAAAAUGCCUAAAUUUAAAAUUCCAUCCUUUGGAAUGAAAGGUCCAAAAGUAGAAGGCCCAGAUGUCGAUGUAACACUUCCCAAAGCCAACAUUGACGUGAAAGCACCUGACGUUGACAUCAAAUCACCAGAGCUUGAUAUUGAAGGACCGAGUGCAAAACUCAAAGGACCCAAAUUCAACAUGCCAACAAUUUCGGGACCGAAACUUUCCAUGCCAGAUGUGGAUUUCAAUCUGAAAGGUCCCAAAGUCAAAGGUGAUGUGGAUGUGUCAGUUCCAAAGAUAGAGGGAGAAAUACAAACACCUGAAGUCGACAUCAAAGGUCCAGAGGUGGACAUCGAAGGGUCUAAGGGUGGAUUUGAAAUGCCUAAAAUCAAAAUGCCAUCAUUUGGCUUUAAAGGUCCAAAAGUGGAAGGUCCGGAUGUUGAUAUAAACCUUCCCAAAGCCAACAUCGAUGUGAAAGCACCUGAGGUUGACAUUAAAGCUCCAGAGAUUGACAUUGAGGGCCCUGAUGCAAAAAUCAAGGGACCUAAAGUCAAGAUGCCAGCAAUAAAAGGACCCAAGGUGCCAGAUUUUGACAUCAAACUAAAGGGUCCUAAAAUUGAGGGAGAUGUGGAUGUUUCACUUCCAAAGAUUGAAGGAGAAAUAAAAACUCCAGAAGUUGAUAUUGAAGGACCAGAUGUCGACAUUGAAGGCCACAAAGGCGGAUUCAAAAUGCCUAAAUUUAAAAUUCCAUCCUUUGGAAUGAAAGGUCCAAAAGUAGAAGGCCCAGAUAUCGAUGUAACACUUCCCAAAGCCAACAUUGAUGUGAAAGUACCUGAUGUUGACAUCAAAUCACCAGAGCUUGAUAUUGAAGGACCGAGUGCAAAACUCAAAGGACCCAAACUCAACAUGCCAACCAUUUCGGGACCGAAACUCUCCAUGCCAGAUGUGGAUUUCAAUCUGAAAGGUCCCAAAGUCAAAGGUGAAGUGGAUGUGUCCGCUCCAAAGAUAGAGGGAGAAAUAAAAACACCUGAAAUUGACAUCAAAGGUCCAGAGCUUGACAUCGAAGGGUCUAAGGGUGGAUUUGAAAUGCCUAAAAUCAAAAUGCCAUCAUUUGGCUUUAAAGGUCCAAAAGUGGAGGGUCCAGAUAUUGAUAUAAACCUUCCCAAUGCCAACAUUGAUGUGAAAGCACCUGAAGUUGACAUUAAAGCUCCAGAGAUUGACAUUGAGGGCCCCGAUGCAAAAAUCAAGGGACCAAAAGUCAAGAUGCCAACAAUGAAAGGACCCAAGGUCCCAGAUUUUGACAUCAAAGUAAAAGGUCCUAAAGUUGCGGGAGAUCUGGAUGUUUCACUUCCAAAGAUUGAAGGAGAAAUAAUAGCCCCUGAAGUUGAUAUUGAAGGACCAGAUGUCGACAUUGAAGGCCAUAAAGGUGGAUUCAAAAUGCCUAAAUUUAAAAUUCCAUCCUUUGGAAUGAAAGGUCCAAAAGUAGAAGGCCCAGAUGUCGAUGUAACACUUCCCAAAGCCAACAUUGACGUGAAAGCACCUGACGUUGACAUCAAAUCACCAGAGCUUGAUAUUGAAGGACCGAGUGCAAAACUCAAAGGACCCAAAUUCAACAUGCCAACAAUUUCAGGACCAAAACUCUCCAUGCCAGAUGUGGAUUUAAAUCUGAAAGGUCCCAAACUCAAAGGUGAUGUGUCAGCUCCAAAGAUAGAGGGAGAAAUAAAAACACCUGAAGUUGACAUCAGAGGUCCAGAAAUUGACAUUGAAGGGCCUAAGGGUGGAUUUGAAAUGCCUAAGAUCAAAAUGCCAUCAUUUGGCUUUAAAGGUCCAAAAGUGGAGGGUCCAGAUGUUGAUAUAAACCUUCCCAAAGCCAACAUUGAUGUGAAAGCACCUGAGGUUGAAAUUAAAGCUCCAGAGAUUGACAUUGAGGGCCCUGACGCAAAAAUCAAGGGACCCAAAGUCAAGAUGCCAACAAUUUCAGGACCAAAACUCUCCAUGCCAGAAGUGGAUUUCAAUCUGAAAGGUCCCAAAGUCAAGGGUGAUGUGGAUGUGUCAAUUCCAAAGAUUGAAGGAAACAUAGCAGCACCCAAAGUGGACAUUAAAGUUCCGGACAUUGACAUUGAAGGAACAAAAGGCGGAAUUGAAAUACCUAAAAUCAAAAUUCCAUCCUUUGGAAUAAAAAGUCCAAAAGUAGAAGGCCCAGAUGUUGACGUAACCCUUCCCAAAGCCAACAUUGAUGUGAAAGCGCCUGACGUUGACAUCAAAUCACCAGAGCUUGAUAUUGAAGGACCGAGUGCAAAACUCAAAGGACCCAAAUUCAACAUGCCGACAAUUUCAGGACCGAAACUCUCCAUGCCAGAUGUGGAUUUCAGUGUAAAAGGUCCAAAAGUCAAGGCUGAUGUGGAUUUGCCAGCUCCAAAGAUAGAGGGAGAAAUAAAAACACCUGAAAUUGACAUCAAAGGCCCUAACCUUGAUUUUGAAUCUCCAGCAGGAGAAUUUACUGGGCCAAAGAUGAAGUUACCAAAAAUAUCUGGACCUAAAAUGUCAUUGCCAGAUCACAUCAACCUUAAGGGGCCAAAGUUGAAGGGUGAUGUGAAAGGAGAUGUUCAACUGCCAAAAGCUGAACUUCAGGGACCAGAUGUUACAGUUGAUGUUCCAGAAAUUAGCACAAAGAAAACAAAAUUUAAAAUGCCAAAGUUUGGAUUUAAGGGUCCAAAGAUAAAGGCCCCAGAAACUGAUGUGAAACUGGGUCAAGGGGAUAUCAGUAUCAAGGGAAAAACUGGUAGCUCAGAAGGUCUUGAUGUUGACCUAGGAUUGCCUGGUCCAAAGACUAAAGGAUCCAAAUUCAAGAUGCCAAAAUUUGGUUUCAAAGGCCCAAAGGCUGAAUUGCCAGAAGUUGAUGUUAAUCUUCCCAAAGCUGAUAUGAACAUUGAAGGACCAGAUGUUAACAUUGAGAAUCUUGAUGGCAAAAUCAAAGGAACAAAACUGAAAAUGCCAGAGGUUGACUUUGAGAGUCCUAGUGGCAAGAUCAAAGGACCCAAAUUCAACAUGCCAACCAUUUCAGGACCAAAAAUUUCUAUGCCAGAUGUGGAUUUCAAUCUAAAAGGUCCCGAACUCAAAGGUGGUGUGGAUGUGUCAGUUCCAAAGAUUAAAGGAGACAUAAAAGCACCUGAAGUUGAAAUCAAAGUUCCAGAGGUUGACAUUGAAGGUCCUAAAGGUGGAUUUGAGAUGCCUAAAAUCAAAAUGCCAUCAUUUGGCAUCAAAGGUCCAAAAGUGGAGGGUCCAGAUGUUGAUAUUAAUCUCCCCAAAGCAAACAUUGAUUUUAAGGGACCUAAAGUUGACAUUAAAGGGCCGGAAGUUGAUGCUGAUGGUUCUGAUGCAAAACUGAAAGGCCCGAAAAUCAAACUGCCAUCAAUAUCAGGACCCAAGCUUCCAGAUUGGGAUAUCAAUCUGAAAAGACCCAAUCUAAAGGGAGAUGUGAGUGUGGUAGGUCCCAAUAUUGAGGGAGAUAUAGAAGCUCCUAAAGUAGACAUUGAAGUACCAGAAGUUGACUUGGAGAGUCCUAGUGGCAAGAUCAAGGGACCCAAAUUCAAAAUGCCAAUUAUCUCAGGGCCAAAAAUCUCUAUGCCAGAUGUGGAUUUCAAUCUGAAAGGUCCCAAACUCAAAGGUGAUGUGGAUGUGUCAGCUCCAAAGAUUGAAGGAGACAUAAAAGCACCUGAUGUUGACAUCAAAGGUCCAGAGGUUGAUAUCGAAGGUCCUAAAGGUGGAUUUGACAUGCCCAAAAUCAAAAUGCCAUCAUUUGGCUUUAAAGGUCCAAAUGUGGAGGGUCCAGAUGUUGAUAUAAAACUUCCCAAGGCUAAUAUUGAUGUUAACCCACCCGAAGUUGACAUUAAAGGAUCAGGAGUUGAUGUUGAAGGUCCUGAUGUAAAACUCAAAGGACCAAGAAUCAAACUGCCAUCACUAUCAGGACCCAGGAUGCCAGAUUGGGACAUUAGUCUGCAAGGGCCCAAAAUGAAGGGAGAUGUCGACGUGUCAGUUCCAAAGAUCGAGGGUGAUAUGAAAGCUCCCAAGCUGGAAAUUGAAGGGCCAGAUGUUGACCUUGAGGGACACAAAGGAGGAUUUAAAAUGCCUAAAUUCAAAAUGCCAUCCUUUGGGGUGAAAGGUCCAAAUGUAGAAGGGCCUGAAGUUGAUGUCAACCUCCCAAAAGCUGAUAUUGAUAUUAAAGCCCCUGAAUUGGAUAUCAAAGGACCAGAAAUUGACUUUGAGAGUCCUAGUGGCAAGAUCAAAGGACCCAAAUUCCACAUGCCAACCAUUUCAGGGCCAAAAAUCUCUAUGCCAGAUGUGGAUUUUAAUCUGAAAAGUCCCAAACUCAAAGGUGAUGUGGACGCGUCAGCCCCAAAGAUUGAAGGAGACAUAAAAGGACCUGAAAUUGACAUUAAAUGUCCAGAGGUUGAUAUCGAAGGUCCUAGAGGUGGUUUUGAGAUGCCUAAAAUCAAAAUGCCAUCAUUUGGCUUUAAAGGUCCAAAACUGGAGGGUCCAGAUAUUGACAUAAACCUCCCCAAAGCAAACAUUGAUGUAAAGGCACCUAAAGUUGACAUUAAAGGGCCGGAAUUUGACGUUGAAGGUCCCGAUGCAAAACUCAAAGGGCCCAAAAUCAAACUGCCAUCAAUAUCAGGUCCCACAAUGCCAGAUUGGGACAUUAGUCUGAAAGGGCCCAAAAUGAAGGGAGAUGUCGACGUGUCAGUUCCAAAGAUCGAGGGUGAUAUAAAAGCUCCCAAGCUGGACAUUGAAGGACCAGAUGUUGACAUUGAAGGCCACAAAGGAGGAUUUAAAAUGCCUAAAUUCAAAAUGCCAUCCUUUGGGGGGAAAGGUCCGAAACUUGAAGGGCCAGAAGUUGAUGUCAGCCUCCCGAAAGCUGAUAUUGAUAUUAAAGCCCCUGAAUUGGAUAUCAAAGGACCAGAAGUUGACUUUGAGAGUCCUAGUGGCAAGAUCAAAGGACCCAAAUUCAACAUGCCAACAAUUUCAGGACCAAAAAUCUCCAUGCCAGAUGUGGAUUUCAAUAUGAAAGGUCCCAAACUCAAAGGUGAUGUGGACGUGUCAGCUCCAAAGAUUGAAGGAGACAUAAAAGGACCUGAAAUUGAUAUCAAAUGUCCAGAGGUUGACAUUGAAGGUCCUAAAGGUGGAUUUGAGAUGCCUAAAAUCAAAAUGCCAUCAUUUGGCAUCAAAGGUCCAAAAGUGGAGGGUCCAGAUGUUGAUAUUAAUCUCCCCAAAGCAAACAUUGAUGUUAAGGCACCUGAAGUUGACAUUAAAGGGCCGGAAGUUGAUGUUGAAUGCCCUGAUGCAAAACUCAAAGGGCCCAAAAUCAAACUGCCAUCAAUAUCAGGACCCAAGCUUCCAGAUUGGGACAUUAGUCUGAAAGGGCCCAAAAUGAAGGGCGAUGUUGAUGUGUCAGUUCCGAAGAUUGAGGGUGAUAUAAAAGCUCCUGACGUUGACAUUGAAGGACCAGAUUUUGACAUUGAAGGCCACAAAGGAGGAUUUAAAAUGCCUAAAUUCAAAAUGCCAUCCUUUGGGGGGAAAGGUCCGAAUGUAGAAUUGCCAGAGGUUGAAGUCAACCUCCCAAAAACUGAUAUUGAUAUUAAAGCCCCUGAAUUGGAUAUCAAAGGACCAGAAGUUGACUUUGAGAGUCCUAGUGGCAAGAUCAAAGGACCCAAAUUCAACAUGCCAACCAUUUCAGGACCGAAAAUCUCUAUGCCAGAUGUGGAUUUCAAUCUGAAAGGUCCCAAACUAAAAGGUGAUAUGGAUGCGUCAGGUCCAAAGAUUGAAGGAGACAUAAGAGCACCUGAAGUUGAUAUCAAAGGUCCAGAGGUUGAAAUUGAGGGAUCGAAGGGUGGUUUUGAGAUGCCUAAAAUCAAAAUGCCAUCAUUUGGCUUUAAAGGUCCAAAUGUGGAGGGUCCAGAUAUUGAUAUUAAUCUCCCCAAAGCAAACAUUGAUUUUAAGUCACCUGAAAUUGAUUUGAAAGGGCCCGAAGUUGAUGUUGAAUGCCCUGAUGCAAAACUCAAAGGACCCAAAUUUAAGCUUCCCUCCAUAUCAGGUCCCACAAUGCCAGAUUGGGACAUUAGUCUGAAAGGACCAAAAUUAAAGGGAGACGUAGAUAUGUCAGUUCCAAAGAUCGAGGGUGAUAUAAAAGCUCCCAAGCUGGACAUUGAAGGACCAGAUGUUGACAUUGAAGGCCACAAAGGAGGAUUUAAAAUGCCUAAAUUCAAAAUGCCAUCCUUUGGGGGGAAAGGUCCAAAACUUGAAGGGCCAGAAGUUGAUGUCAGCCUCCCAAAAGCUGAUAUUGAUAUUAAAGCCCCUGAAUUGGAUAUCAAAGGACCAGAAGUUGACUUUGAGAGUCCUAGUGGCAAGAUCAAAGGACCCAAAUUCAACAUGCCAACCAUUUCAGGACCGAAAAUCUCCAUGCCAGAUGUGGAUUUCAAUAUGAAAGGUCCCAAACUCAAAGGUGAUAUGGAUGUGUCAGGUCCAAAGAUUGAAGGAGACAUAAAAGGACCUGAAGUUGAUAUCAAAGGUCCUGAGGUUGAUAUUGAGGGAUCAAAGGGUGGUUUUGAGAUGCCUAAAAUUAAGAUGCCAUCAUUUGGCUUUAAAGGUCCAAAACUGGAGGGUCCAGAUGUUGAUAUUAAUCUCCCAAAAGCAAACAUUGAUUUUAAGUCACCUGAAAUUGAUUUGAAAGGGCCGGAAGUUGAUAUUGAAUGCCCUGAUGCAAAACUCAAAGGACCCAAAUUUAAGCUUCCCUCCAUAUCAGGUCCCACAAUGCCAGAUUGGGACAUUAGUCUGAAAGGGCCCAAAAUGAAGGGAGAUGUUGAUGUGUCAGUUCCAAAGAUCGAGGGUGAUAUAAAAGCUCCUAAGCUGGACAUUGAAGGACCAGAUGUUGACAUUGAAGGCCACAAAGGAGGAUUUAAAAUGCCUAAAUUCAAAAUGCCAUCCUUUGGGGGGAAAGGUCCAAAACUUGAAGGGCCAGAAGUUGAUGUCAGCCUCCCGAAAGCUGAUAUUGAUAUUAAAGCCCCUGAAUUGGAUAUCAAAGGACCAGAAGUUGACUUUGAGAGUCCUAGUGGCAAGAUCAAAGGACCCAAAUUCAACAUGCCAACCAUUUCAGGACCGAAAAUCUCCAUGCCAGAUGUGGAUUUCAAUAUGAAAGGUCCCAAACUCAAAGGUGAUAUGGAUGUGUCAGGUCCAAAGAUUGAAGGAGACAUAAAAGCACCUGAAGUUGAUAUCAAAGGUCCAGAGGUUGAUAUUGAGGGAUCGAAGGGUGGUUUUGAGAUGCCUAAAAUCAAAAUGCCAUCAUUUGGCUUUAAAGGUCCAAAACUGGAGGGUCCAGAUGUUGAUAUUAAUCUCCCAAAAGCAAACGUUGAUUUUAAGUCACCUGAAAUUGAUUUGAAAGGGCCGGAAGUUGAUAUUGAAUGCCCUGAUGCAAAACUCAAAGGACCCAAAUUUAAGCUUCCCUCCAUAUCAGGUCCCACAAUGCCAGAUUGGGACAUUAGUCUGAAAGGGCCCAAAAUGAAGGGGGAUGUCGACGUGUCAGUUCCAAAGAUCGAGGGUGAUAUAAAAGCUCCCAAGAUGGACAUUGAAGGACCAGAUAUUGACAUUGAAGGCCACAAAGGAGGAUUUAAAAUGCCUAAAUUCAAAAUGCCAUCCUUUGGGGGGAAAGGUCCAAAACUUGAAGGGCCAGAAGUUGAUGUAAACCUCCCGAAAGCAGAUAUUGAUAUUAAAGCCCCUGAAUUGGAUAUCAAAGGACCAGAAGUUGACUUUGAGAGUCCUAGUGGCAAGAUCAAAGGACCCAAAUUCCACAUGCCAACCAUUUCAGGACCGAAAAUCUCUAUGCCAGAUGUGGAUUUCAAUAUGAAAGGUCCCAAACUCAAAGGUGACGUGGAUGUGUCAGGUCCAAAGAUUGAAGGAGACAUAAAAGCACCUGAAGUUGAUAUCAAAGGUCCAGAGGUUGAUAUCGAGGGAUCGAAGGGUGGUUUUGAGAUGCCUAAAAUCAAAAUGCCAUCAUUUGGCUUUAAAGGUCCAAAAGUGGAGGGUCCAGAUGUUGAUAUUAAUCUCCCCAAAGCAAACAUUGAUUUUAAAUCACCUGAAAUUGAUUUGAAAGGGCCCGAAGUUGAUGUUGAAUGCCCUGAUGCAAAACUCAAAGGACCCAAAUUUAAGCUUCCCUCCAUAUCAGGUCCCACAAUGCCAGAUUGGGACAUUAGUCUGAAAGGGCCCAAAAUGAAGGGAGAUGUUGAUGUGUCAGUUCCAAAGAUCGAGGGUGAUAUAAAAGCUCCCACGCUGGACAUUGAAGGACCAGAUGUUGACAUUGAAGGCCACAAAGGAGGAUUUAAAAUGCCUAAAUUCAAAAUGCCAUCCUUUGGGGGGAAAGGUCCAAAACUUGAAGGGCCAGAAGUUGAUGUCAGCCUCCCGAAAGCUGAUAUUGAUAUUAAAGCCCCUGAAUUGGAUAUCAAAGGACCAGAAGUUGACUUUGAGAGUCCUAGUGGCAAGAUCAAAGGACCCAAAUUCAACAUGCCAACCAUUUCAGGACCAAAAAUCUCCAUGCCAGAUGUGGAUUUCAAUAUGAAAGGUCCCAAACUCAAAGGUGAUAUGGAUGUGUCAGGUCCAAAGAUUGAAGGAGACAUAAAAGGACCUGAAGUUGAUAUCAAAGGUCCAGAGGUUGAUAUUGAGGGAUCGAAGGGUGGUUUUGAGAUGCCUAAAAUCAAAAUGCCAUCAUUUGGCUUUAAAGGUCCAAAACUGGAGGGUCCAGAUGUUGAUAUUAAUCUCCCAAAAGCAAACAUUGAUUUUAAGUCACCUGACAUUGAUUUGAAAGGGCCGGAAGUUGAUGUUGAUUGCCCUGAUGCAAAACUCAAAGGACCCAAAUUUAAGCUUCCCUCCAUAUCAGGUCCCACAAUGCCAGAUUGGGACAUUAGUCUGAAAGGGCCCAAAAUGAAGGGAGAUGUUGAUGUGUCAGUUCCAAAGAUCGAGGGUGACAUAAAAGCUCCCAAGCUGGACAUUGAAGGACCAGAUGUUGACAUUGAAGGCCACAAAGGAGGAUUUAAAAUGCCUAAAUUCAAAAUGCCAUCCUUUGGGGGGAAAGGUCCGAAACUUGAAGGGCCAGAAGUUGAUGUCAGCCUCCCGAAAGCUGAUAUUGAUAUUAAAGCCCCUGAAUUGGAUAUCAAAGGACCAGAAGUUGACUUUGAGAGUCCUAGUGGCAAGAUCAAAGGACCCAAAUUCCACAUGCCAACCAUUUCAGGACCGAAAAUCUCCAUGCCAGAUGUGGAUUUCAAUCUGAAAGGUCCCAAACUCAAAGGUGAUAUGGAUGUGUCAGGUCCAAAGAUUGAAGGAGACAUAAAAGCACCUGAAGUUGAUAUCAAAUGUCCAGAGGUUGAAAUCGAGGGAUCUAAAGGUGGAUUUGAGAUGCCUAAAAUCAAAAUGCCAUCAUUUGGCUUUAAAGGUCCAAAAGUGGAGGGUCCAGAUGUUGAUAUUAAUCUCCCAAAAGCAAACAUUGAUUUUAAAUCACCUGAAAUUGAUUUGAAAGGGCCCGAAGUUGAUGUUGAAUGCCCUGAUGCAAAACUCAAAGGACCCAAAUUUAAGCUUCCCUCCAUAUCAGGUCCCACAAUGCCAGAUUGGGACAUUAGUCUGAAAGGGCCUAAAAUGAAGGGGGAUGUCGACGUGUCAGUUCCAAAGAUCGAGGGUGAUAUAAAAGCUCCCAAGCUGGACAUUGAAGGACCAGAUGUUGACAUUGAAGGCCACAAAGGAGGAUUUAAAAUGCCUAAAUUCAAAAUGCCAUCCUUUGGGGGGAAAGGUCCAAAACUUGAAGGGCCAGAAGUUGAUGUCAGCCUCCCGAAAGCUGAUAUUGAUAUUAAAGCCCCUGAAUUGGAUAUCAAAGGACCAGAAGUUGACUUUGAGAGUCCUAGUGGCAAGAUCAAAGGACCCAAAUUCCACAUGCCAACCAUUUCAGGACCGAAAAUCUCUAUGCCAGAUGUGGAUUUCAAUCUGAAAGGUCCCAAACUCAAAGGUGAUGUGGACGUGUCAGCUCCAAAGAUUGAAGGAGACAUAAAAGCACCUGAAGUUGAUAUCAAAGGUCCUGAGGUUGAUAUCGAGGGAUCAAAGGGUGGUUUUGAGAUGCCUAAAAUUAAGAUGCCAUCAUUUGGCUUUAAAGGUCCAAAACUGGAGGGUCCAGAUGUUGAUAUCAAUCUCCCAAAAGCAAACAUUGAUUUUAAAUCACCUGAAAUUGAUUUGAAAGGGCCCGAAGUUGAUGUUGAAUGCCCCGAUGCAAAACUCAAAGGACCCAAAUUUAAGCUUCCCUCCAUAUCAGGUCCCACAAUGCCAGAUUGGGACAUUAGUCUGAAAGGGCCCAAAAUGAAGGGGGAUGUCGACGUGUCAGUUCCAAAGAUCGAGGGUGAUAUAAAAGCUCCCAAGCUGGACAUUGAAGGACCAGAUGUUGACAUUGAAGGCCACAAAGGAGGAUUUAAAAUGCCUAAAUUCAAAAUGCCAUCCUUUGGGGGGAAAGGUCCAAAACUUGAAGGGCCAGAAGUUGAUGUCAGCCUCCCGAAAGCUGAUAUUGAUAUUAAAGCCCCUGAAUUGGAUAUCAAAGGACCAGAAGUUGACUUUGACAGUCCUAGUGGCAAGAUCAAAGGACCCAAAUUCCACAUGCCAACCAUUUCAGGACCGAAAAUCUCUAUGCCAGAUGUGGAUUUCAAUCUGAAAGGUCCCACACUCAAAGGUGAUGUGGACGUGUCAGCUCCAAAGAUUGAAGGAGACAUAAAAGCACCUGAAGUUGAUAUCAAAGGUCCUGAGGUUGAUAUCGAGGGAUCAAAGGGUGGUUUUGAGAUGCCUAAAAUUAAGAUGCCAUCAUUUGGCUUUAAAGGUCCAAAACUGGAGGGUCCAGAUGUUGAUAUUAAUCUCCCAAAAGCAAACAUUGAUUUUAAGUCACCUGAAAUUGAUUUGAAAGGGCCGGAAGUUGAUGUUGAAUGCCCUGAUGCAAAACUCAAAGGACCCAAAUUUAAGCUUCCCUCCAUAUCAGGUCCCACAAUGCCAGAUUGGGACAUUAGUCUGAAAGGGCCUAAAAUGAAGGGGGAUGUCGACGUGUCAGUUCCAAAGAUCGAGGGUGAUAUAAAAGCUCCUAAGCUGGACAUUGAAGGACCAGAUGUUGACAUUGAAGGCCACAAAGGAGGAUUUAAAAUGCCUAAAUUCAAAAUGCCAUCCUUUGGGGGGAAAGGUCCAAAACUUGAAGGGCCAGAAGUUGAUGUCAGCCUCCCGAAAGCUGAUAUUGAUAUUAAAGCCCCUGAAUUGGAUAUCAAAGGACCAGAAGUUGACUUUGAGAGUCCUAGUGGCAAGAUCAAAGGACCCAAAUUCCACAUGCCAACCAUUUCAGGACCAAAAAUCUCCAUGCCAGAUGUGGAUUUCAAUAUGAAAGGUCCCAAACUCAAAGGUGAUAUGGAUGUGUCAGGUCCAAAGAUUGAAGGAGACAUAAGAGCACCUCAAAUUGACAUUAAAUGUCCAGAGGUUGAUAUUGAAGGUCCUAAAGGUGGAUUUGAGAUGCCUAAAAUCAAAAUGCCAUCAUUUGGCAUCAAAGGUCCAAAACUGGAGGGUCCAGAUGUUGACAUAAACCUCCCAAAAGCUAACAUUGAUGUUAAAGGACCUAAAGUUGACAUUAAAGGGCCGGAAGUUGACGUUGAAGGUCCUGAUGCAAAACUCAAAGGACCCAAAUUUAAGCUUCCCUCCAUAUCAGGUCCCACAAUGCCAGAUUGGGACAUUAGUCUGAAAGGGCCUAAAAUGAAGGGGGAUGUCGACGUGUCAGUUCCAAAGAUCGAGGGUGACAUAAAAGCUCCUAAGCUGGACAUUGAAGGACCAGAUGUUGACAUCGAAGGUCACAAAGGAGGAUUUAAAAUGCCUAAAUUCAAAAUGCCAUCCUUUGGAGUAAAAGGCCCAAAUGUGGAAGGGCCAGAAGUUGAUGUCAGCCUCCCAAAAGCUGAUAUUAAUAUUAAAGCUCCUGAAUUGGAUAUUAAAGGACCAGAAGUUGACUUUGAGAGUCCUAGUGGCAAGAUCAAAGGACCCAAAUUCAACACACCAACCAUUUCAGGACCGAAAAUCUCUAUGCCAGAUGUGGAUUUCAAUAUGAAAGGUCCCACACUCAAAGGUGAUGUGGAUGUGUCAGGUCCAAAGAUUGAAGGAGACAUAAAAGCACCUGAAGUUGACUUCAAAGGUCCAAAGGUUGAUAUCGAAGGUCCUAAAGGUGGAUUUGAGAUGCCCAAAAUCAAAAUGCCAUCAUUUGGCAUCAAAGGUCCAAGACUGGAGGGUCCAGAUGUUGACAUAAAUCUCCCAAAAGCUAACGUUGACGUUAAGGGACCUAAAGUUGACAUUAAAGGGCCGGAAUUUGAUGUUGAAGGUCCCGAUGCAAAACUCAAAGGACCCAAAUUUAAGCUUCCCUCCAUAUCAGGUCCCACAAUGCCAGAUUGGGACAUUAGUCUGAAAGGGCCCAAAAUGAAGGGAGAUGUCGAUGUGUCAGUUCCAAAGAUCGAGGGUGAUAUAAAAGCUCCCAAGCUAGACAUUGAAGGACCAGAUGUUGACAUUGAAGGCCACAAAGGAGGAUUUAAAAUGCCUAAAUUCAAAAUGCCAUCCUUUGGAGUAAAAGUUCCAAAUGUUGAAGGGCCAGAAGUUGAUGUCAGCCUCCCGAAAGCUGAUAUUGAUAUUAAAGCCCCUGAAUUAGAUAUCAAAGGACCAGAAGUUGACUUUGAGAGUCCUAGUGGCAAGGUCAAAGGACCCAAAUUCAACAUGCCAACCAUUUCAGGACCAAAAAUUUCCAUGCCAGAUGUGGAUUUCAAUCUGAAAGUUCCCAAAGUCAAAGGUGAUGUGGAUGUGUCAGUACCAACAUUUGAAGGAGACAUAAAAGCCCCUGAAGUUGACAUCAAAGGUCCAGGUUUUGAUAUCGAAGGGCCAAAAGGUGGAUUUGAAAUGCCUAAAGUCAAAAUGCCAUCACUGAACAUUAAAGGUCCAAAAGUGGAGGGUCCAGAUGUUGAUGUAAACCUUCCCAAAGCUGACAUUGAUCUGAAAGCACCUGAUAUUGACAUCAAAUCUCCAGAAAUUGACAUUGAAGGCACUGACUCAAAAAUCAAAGGAUCCAAAGUUAAGAUUUCAACCAUAAAAGGACCAAAGAUGCCAGAUUUUGAUAUUGAUAUUGGAGGACCCAAACUCAAAGGUCAUGUGGAUUUGUCAGCUCCAAAGACUGAAGGAGACAUAAAAAUACCUGCCAUUGACAUCAAAGGUCCAGAGUUUGACGUUGAAGGACUUAAGGGUGGAGUCGAAAUGCCUAAAGUUAAAAUUCCAUCAAUGAACAUUAAAGGUCCAAAAUUUAAGGGUCCAGGCAUUGACAUAAACCUUCCCAAAUCUAACAUCGAUUUUAUAGCACCUGAUCUUGAUAUAAACCCUAAGGGGCCUAAAAUCAAAGGAGAGAUUGAUGCUUCAUUGCCCAAAUUGGAAGGAGAUAUCAAAGGUGCAAAUGCUAACAUUAAAGUACCAACCAUCACUAUGGAAGGAGUAAAGACAGGUGUUACGUUUCCUAAGUUCAAAGGUCCUAAGUUUGGAAUGAAAUCCUCAGACGUGGAGGGCCCUGAGUCCAUGGUUAAGACACCCAUGUUCAGUGUAGGAGUAAAAGGUUCCAAAACAGAAGUCAGUCUCCCAGAUACUGAAGCGAGUCUGGACGCCCCUGAUAUUGACAUCAAUGUAAAGGGGAAAAAGGGUAAAUUUAAGCUUCCUAAAGUGAAAGGAAAGGCUAAAAAAACUGAUCUUGACAUAGAAACACCAGCAGUAGACCUGGAUGUAGACACACCCAAUAUCCAUGUCAAAGGAACAAAGACAAAGAAGCCUCUUUUUGGUAAGCUUCAUUUUCCUGAUGUGGAAUUAGACAUCAAAUCACCAAAAGUGAAGGGCGAUGGAUCUUUAUCAGCGGGACUGAAAUCCCCUGACAUAGAUUUGCCCUCUGCUAGCCUGAACACCAGUAUUGAGGGUUCUGGUAUUGACAGUUCAAAUGUUAGUUUGGAAGGGUCAGAUGUGAAAUUAAAGAGUCCUAAUGUUAAAAUGCUAAAUGUGAAAGGUGGAGCAGACAUUGAUGCAAGUAUUUCAGGGCGCAGUGCAAGUGGUGAUCUUCAAUACCCAGAGGGUUCAGUAACAUUUCCCAAAAUCAAGGUACCCAAAUUUGGUAUUGCUCUGCCUCAGCUGGAAGGCCAAGAUGGGGGCAGAAAUGUUGAAUCAGAACUUUCAGCUAGUGGAGGAAUAAACAUACAGUCUCCAUCUGUUAGUUGCCAAGCCGGUUCACAAAAUAUUGAGGUUCCCAGUCCAGAACUGAGGCACAGUGAAGGCAAGGUAAAGGUAAAGAUGUCAAAAUUAUUUGGCAAAUCAAAAGCAAAGGGCAGUAGUGCAGGUGACCUUCGGGGACCAGAGGUAGAAUUAACUACUAGUGGAAAGGGCAGUAAGGUGUCUAAAGACCUAAGUGUACACACUGGGGAACUGAUGGGUGGAAACUUAGAACUAGAGGGUGAUCCUGGACUCAGUGUGUCAACUAAAGGCAAGUCAGCCUCACUGGAUCUAUUCAAGAAGUCAAGGCAUCGGUCUUCUUCUCUGAGUGAUGAAGGGGGGCUUGCAGUCAGUUCUCCUUCAGCUCACCUAGAAGCUGAGGGUGGCGACAUUUCAUUAGACCUAGGAGGAAGCAAAGUCAAAGGAAAGAAAGGCAAGCUGAAGUUUGGCACCUUUGGAGGUUUUGGUUCAAAGUCAAAGGGCUCAUAUGAAGUGACACUUGGUGAGGACAGUGAAGCAGGAGCAGAGGGAAGUGCAAGUGUUUCUCUACCCUCUAAAAAGUCGAGAUUGUCUUCAUCCUCAAGUAGUGACAGUGGUUCAAAAGGUGGUUUUAGGUUCCCAAGAGUUGAACUAUCUGUUUCACCAAAAAAAUGAUUAAUUAUGAAACAACUUAAACUCUCUCAUGUACAAUGAAAUACAUUCCCCUAAUAUGGUAAAUCCUUUAAACUUUAUCUCUUUGAAACCUAAGGGGACAUACACAAUCAUCUCAAUCAGUUAAUCACCAGUAAUUCUUUUUUUUUUUAUCAAUUAGACAGGAGUGCAUGAGAUUGUUUAAAAUCCCUUCAAACUGUAAAUAAGAUUAAUUUGUAUUGUAAUAAUAAAUAUUGUGUUUUUUUGUACAUAGUCCAGAUUUAUUGAAAAUAUGCCAUUUACCAAAUAUUCAUCAAUAGUUUAUUACAGGGUCUGUCAGUUUGUCCUAUUUCAUUCUAUUAAAUGAAUGUUUUUAAUGAACGGGUGUCGUAUAUUUGUAUCCAGGGGUCUAUUGCACAGAACAGAUAGCUACAAUAAUUAUUUUGAAGGAAAUGUUGUUUAUACACCAGACACAAAUAUAAACAGUUACCACUUUUUAUGUAUGAGAUGAUUUCAUUUUCAAGCUUUGAUCUUAUAUAAUCAGUGCAGAAGCAUAUAUAUGCAACAUAGAGCUGGCCCUGUAUAACACAUUCUAAAGAGUGAUGGUGUUGUAUAUACCCUAAUUGCAAAGACAAUCCUUGUUUGGAAACUAUGAACUCUCUAAAAUGCUGUCAGUACUUUUCUGUUCAUUUUUAAGAAAAUUUAUUCAACCUUAAAUUCUAUGCCUUUUACCGAAAAUAUGCAUUUCUCUUAAUUUGUUUUAAACAUGUUUUGCUUCCUAAUCCUGUGUCAUUUUCAUUCUUAUCUGUUUAAUGAUCCUCUGUUAUUUCCUUUGUCACUCUCUCUUUGUACACACCUCUUAUGAUUACGUAAAAACACUGUCACAAAUAAACAGUCACCUUUUGAUGUCA